UCCCAACAAUCAGCAUUCCUCAGUUGUUGUGCAGUGAGUUGUGUUUUUGUGGCACUACUACUGAGUCAUGUGGAGUCAUUGUUUUGUUUUGUGUCUAGCAACCCAUUGUUUCUUUCCUGGGACGAGAGCUUUGCAGAUCGUCGAAGCUGAUUCUCCGGAUGACAACGCCCCAACGCCGGAGAUCGCCCGUCACCAUGGGUAUCUCUGCGAGACCCACCGAGUAACAACAGAAGACAAAUUUAUCCUUCAGAUCCAUCGGCUACCAGGCGGUAAAUCCACGGUACUCAACACGUCGCUGACACCGGUGCUGCUUCAGCACGGACUGCUCGACAGCUCGGCAGCAUGGGUCAUCAGUGGACCCGACAAAGCCCUAGGGUAUCUGCUGGCUGACCAGGGUUACGACGUAUGGAUGGGAAACGCCCGCGGGAAUAUCUACUCCAAGGCUCACGAGACGUUGCAUCCGGAUGACCCAAAUUUCUGGAACUGGACCUGGGACGAGAUGGGCCGCUACGACCUCCCGGCGGUGAUAGACUACAUACUGCAAGUGACUGGUCACCAGCAGAUCCUCUACAUCGGCCACUCCAUGGGCACCACCAUGUUCUUCGUGCUGUGCAGCUCCAGGCCGGAAUACAACACUAAAGUGCGUUACAUGGCGGCCCUCGCCCCUGUGGCCUACAUGGGCCACACCACCAGCCCCCUUCGCUACCUGGCUCCGUACGCUCAGUCUUUCGAGAGGAUUGCAGAUUUCUUCGGUAAUGGAGAAUUCUUGCCAAGAAACGCCUUUAUCAAUUACAUCUUCAGAUAUUCCUGUGAAGCUUUCAGAUUUGAAGAGAGAAUUUGUGAAAACUACCUUUUUCUUAUUUGCGGACAUGAUCCCGAGCAAUUCGAUGAGAAUCUCUUACCCAUGAUUCUGGGGCAUGUUCCGGCUGGAGCAUCAACCAAGACGCUGGUGCAUUACGCUCAGGAAAUAAAAUCAAAUCAUUUUCCAGCAAUACGACUACGGGGCUGUACAGUAGAGUCGUGUAGAGGAUCACACUACGGGUCUGAGAGAGAUAUUAUUCUGUACAAUAGCACAACUCCACCGCUGUACAAACUGUCCAAGGUCUCAGUUCCUGUAUCGCUGCACUAUGGAGAUAACGACCUGUUGGCGAGACCCAUGGUAAGUAUCUUAGUUGAAGGUAGAGGCGUGUUUGUUUAUACUACGGGGCUGAGAGGAAUAUUAUUCUGUACAAUAGCACAAACUCCACCGCUCACAACUCCACCGCUGUACAACCUGUCCAAGGUCUCAGUUCCUGUAUCGCUGCUGCACUAUGGAGAUAACGACCUGUUGGCGAGACCCAUGGUCUCAGUUCCUGUAUCGCUGCACUAUGGAGAUAACGAACCUGUUGGCGAGACCCAUGCUCCUUGUUUAGUCAGUUUGAAGAAUCCUGUAGGGAUGUUUCGCGUAAACUUAUCCUCAUUCAACCAUUUGGACUUCCUGUGGGGCCGUGACGCCAGGACUUUGGUCUACUCCAAGAUACAGUCUCUGAUGGGGGAAUACUCCACAUUCUGUUCCAGCCCCGAUAACCUUGCAUAGAGAUGCGUCUAAAAAGUAAUCUUCAGUCCACUACACCAACGACAUCUCUGUCGAGAAACCAUGUUUUAUCAAAAGUACAAUCAUUUACUGAUAACUUAAUUAGUAAUUAUUUAAAAUAAAUAUAGAAUCCGAUAUUAAGAAUUACAUAAACUCUUACGAUUUAGAUUAUAGUGUUAUUGAUUUUGUAUGCAUAGCUUUUCAUGGUUAAAUUUUUACAUUACUUAAGUAGUAGUGCAUAUUAUUUAUUUUAUUAGUUUAUUAUUUUGUAAAAAAUAAAUACGAUUACAAGUA